CACACACAAUCCAACCAUUUCAAACAAUUUUUUGUUUUUGUUUUCUGAAGAAUCUUUUUUUUUUUUUAAAUGAUGAAACUAAAGCAAACCAACGUAAUGUUUAUGGUGUUAGCCCUAGUCUCGGCAUUGGUUUUCCUACAAUCACAAGCUGGUAAUUAUUGUUCGCUGGAAAAUAUAAAUAGCAUACCAGGAUGUUUCGAUGCGUUGAAAUUAGCAACAGGCAAAGAUAUCAGUAAGCUAACAAGAGCUUGUUGCAGAGCAGUCUUUUCAGUAAGCUCUGAUACUUGCUACUUGCUUCUCUUUCCUGGCAAAGCUUACCCUAUUAAGAUAUUCAGAGACAUUUGUCUUAAUGUUAAUUAUGUUUCUGCUGCUUCACCUUUCUAAUGUUUUA